AUGGCGGACCUUCUUUCGCUUCAACAAAUUACUGAGCUUAAAGAAGCCUUUUCCGCAUUUGAUGCUGAUUGUGAUGGUAGCAUUACUGUCGAUGAUUUGGAGCAAGUGUUCAGCUCCAUUGGUCACAAAGUGUCCAGGAAAAAACUGCAGUCGAUUUUGUGUGAAGCUGACCUAGACUCUAACGGGGUAAUCGACUUCCCGGAGUUUCUCACGCUUGUGGCCACUAAGCUGAAUGACCCGGAGGAAAAAGAGCUUGAAAUGCGUCGUGCGUUUCGCAUGUACGACUUAGGAAACACUGGGUUCAUCACUGUACCAAAUCUGCGCUUUGUGAUGGGGCGCCUUGGCUGUUUCCUGACAACAGAACAGGCAUUCGACAUGAUCAGUGAGGCGGAUGCGGAUGGUGACGGAAAGCUCAGCUUUGACGAUUUUCGCCGUGUGAUGACUGAGGGAUGGGGCGCGACGCCUUGA